GAGGGGGUGAAAUGGAAGAUAUGGAAAGGUUUUGAUAAGAGAUUUAGAGGUUGUGGUUCACCAUUCAAUGUGAUUUCAUGGAUGCACUUGUGCAGACACAGCUUUUCAGGCAUGGGUCUACAUUUUUUACAGAAAACAAUGCACCAAAAAACCAUAAUCAUGUCCACCAGAAGUCAAGUUUUGCAACUCAAUGUUUGAGUUACUCAAGUUACUGGUGCCCCCAAUAUACCAUUAUGGAAAGGCAUCACAGGAAUGCAACAAAGAUCUAUGGUGUAAGGAGAAGGAGAUCGAACAUGGAAACAGACACUUAUGUACUAAUGGAGCCAGGUAAAGCCGAAGAAUUUGUGAAUGAGGAAGAACUCAGGGAUAGAUUGAAGGGGUGGCUAGAAAAUUGGCCAGCCGAAUCACUGCCUCCGGACCUUGCAAGAUUUGAAUCCAUUGAUGAUGCUGUUUCGUUUCUUAUUAAGUCGGUUUGUGAACUUGAAAUCGAUGGAGAUGUUGGCUCGAUUCAGUGGUAUGAAGUUAGUUUGGAAUGAAAAUUAUCUCAAUUUCCAACUUAUUAGUGUAACUUCUUUAAAAUGUAUGGUAUUACUUGUUUAUUCA